CCAACAUCUACCUGACUCCUCUACCAACAAUAACACCUCAACACAUAUGCACACUCACACCACAGAGGGCGAACAGAACUUAUGCAUCACAGGCCUCCCAGAUCCUCCCGCACGUCCCGUAUAGGGGGGUGGCGAGCCUGCUGAAUAGGUGGUGGGCAAGGCGGGUCCUCACUGGUGCGAGCCUCAGUAGAGUGUGUGGUUGUGAGGUGUUAGCAAUGUCACUUUCGCGCUGUGCUGUUGCGGCUUUGAGAACGCGACAUGUCCUGCAAAGGACGCUGGUUCCUGCAGUAGUUCGAGCAGGUGGUGUUACCAAGGCCAACGGGGCGGGGAUACAGCCUGCGGCGUGCGUUGCUCCUUUCCAGAUUCAUGGCCAGGCAGGGGCUGUGUGUUACUACAGCAAGAGGGCGAGGGCACAACGCAGAGCCGCCUCCUCCUCUGAUUCAUCAGACUCAGACCGAGGCUCAGGCUCCGGCAAGCGAGGGAAGCACGGUCAGACUCCGUUUUGGAGGCUGAAGAUGCGAACACACCAUGAGGUGCUGGACAUCAACAAGGAUGGGGUUGUCUCUUGGGAUGAUUUUGAAACUCUUAUAAAAAAAUUCACAGAACUGGGUCACCUCUCACCUGAGGAGGUGGGGAACUUCACCGAUGCUCUCAGGCACGUGUGGGAGGAGGAGUGGGGUGCCUCGGGAGAUCCUUAUGUGUUCAUCGGCCAAGAACAAUUCUUGUCGCAAAUGGAGCAUGUUGUUAAUUCGAAAGAUCUUCGGAAAAGAGUUGCAAAGCCGCUUCCUUAUUUCUUUAAGGCUGUUGACAGAGACGGGAGUGGUGAAAUAUCAAUUGAAGAAUUUAAGAUGUUCUAUGCCUGCCUGGGUCUCUCUGAAGAGGCAGCAGCUCAGUCCUUUGCGGCCAUUGACCUGAAUGGGGAUGGCCGGCUCACCAUGAAGGAGUUUGUCAAGCUUGGCCGUGAGUUCUUUCUCUCUGAGGAUGAAAAUCGACCAAGCAAGCUUUUCUGGGGACCACUGUCUGAUUAAGAUUGACAGUCAUCCUCACCAGUUUUUGAUGAAUCCAUUAUAUUUAAACAUUCCUUCUUGUGGAAAGCAUACAAGUAAGUGUGCACUGCAUGACUAAAAUAAUAAUGUAAUAUUAAGCUCAAAGUGUCUUGCUUGUGUGAAGGUCAGGCAGGGGGAAGUAUUGAAAGUCUUGAGGUUUCUCCAAAUGUAUAGUACUCUGUAAACAUAUACACCUUAUAUUUUGAAGCACCUUUUUUUUUAUCACAAGCCUUUUGAUUUUGCAAUAGAUGCGAGUUUAGAUAUUUUUCAAACACUUUUCAGAAAGAUCAUAUGAGUUUAUGUAGUAUUUUUUUAAAUCUUGACUCUUGCUUGGCUAUUCAAAUAAAACUUAAAAUUCCAUUACAUCUACUUGCCAUACCAAAUGUACAUGAUAUGCAAGCUACGUACAUAUAAUGUGAACAUAUAAAUUAAUAGGAAAUGUAUAUCAACUAUGUAUUUAAUCUUUCAUUCAAUUAGGUCAAUUAUCCAUCAAAUUGUGGGUUGCUUAUCAAUAGUUACUAAGAUAAAAUCACACUUAAAUGUACAGUAUGGUUUGCUAUUGAAUUCUAAUAAAAAAUACUUAAACACA